CCCAUAACUACUGUCCAAUAUCCAAACAGUUUAUUUGACAAAUUCCAACGUGGCUUUAGAAAGAACCACAGUACGGAAACAGCCCUACUCAACAAAUAACAUCCUAAUGAGUGGGGACUCUGGUAAUCUCAGUACUUCUGUUUGCACCGUCAGGCUCCUGCUGAUGUGGCUGAUCUACGACGCCCAAACACAACGGCUCGCUCUCUGUUCCACGCACCAGCCUUAAGUGGCAUUAGUGCAGCCUUCGAUACAGUUGAUCAACAGACUGAGGAACUGGGUUGGCCUCGGGAGGAACUGCUCUAAACUGGUUUUCAUCUUACUUAUCAAAGUAUUCAAAGUCACUGUUGAUGACUUUAGUUCAUGUCAUGUGGGGUCCCACAGGGCUCAGUACUUGAAGCUGUAACGUUCAGUUUGUAUCUGUUACCCUUCGGUCAUGUUAUUCGCCAUUUCACCUCCGCAACCUCCAACUUCCUGCAACUGGACGCAGAUAAAACUGAAGUCCUGGUUAUUGAUCCUGAUCAUAUGUCUAACAGUGUCACCCCCACCUUGGACCCCCCAUGUGUGAAAGUGUACAGGAAAAUAUUGUGAACAUGGUCUGUUUGUUACUAUUGCUGCCUUUGGAGAAGAAUACAGUAAACGGAUCCAUGUAAUAAAUUUUGGACCAAACCCAAAGUUAUGCAAUACAGAUUCGACUCCGCGUGCAGGGACACUACCACCUCUGACACGCCCCUGGACGGAGGAGAACGCACCACAUUUAAAAGUCUGCCAAUGUUAAUGAAUGAGUGGCGGCCUCUGAUAAAACCAGUUUGGUCUGUUGAGAUGAUGUCAGAGAUUAUUCUGUUUAUUCUAGCAGCUAAAACUUUUUAAAGUAUCUUUACAUCUGCAUUCAACAAAGAUAUGGUCCUGCAUGAGGCACACUCUGUUGGCUCUUUACCUGGCUUCAAUAGGACUGUGGCAGGCAUGACUGCUCAAAAGAAUGAUUAAACAUGUGCAGAAGUAAAGGUAUUAGUUGUGAAGCAAACUCUACCAGAAAGCUGUCUGACCCAGGAGGUUUCUCCAGAGUGUCACCAUCAUCUUGUGCUAGAGUUGGGAUGUCAAGACUCUCUAGAAACUCUGUCACAUGAGAAGUAUCUUGGGGGGAAUUCUGAUGUGUAUAGGUUUGAAUAUUUUUUAAUGUAUUAUUUAUCUCUUGUGGAUCUAUUGUCUAAUAGAAAGGAUUAACCUGGACACAGACCUGCUCUUCAACUGGUGGACAAGAAGGCGUCCCGCCUUUUCCCCAAUCGCUCGUAAAAAAAUGCAGGUGACGGCAGCAGGUUCCGCUCUAUCCUCUCUGGAUAACUGCUCAUAUUGUGCUUUUAAAUUUAGUUUCUCUUUGUAUAGUUCAGGGGUUGAGUUUACUGAAUACUGCUGAUCAGUUUUUAAGAUGGAUUAAUCAAUUAGUGUUUCCUGUGCCUGUUUUCGUAAUUUAUUUCUUGAUGCUGAAAAUGAUAUUAUAUGUCCUCUGAGUACAGCCUUUAGGGUUUCCCAUAAUAUGGAUGGGGAUAUGGGGUCUGUCUGAUUGGUUCAAAGAAAAUCAUCUACUACUUUUGAUAUGUAUUGGCAAAAGUUUGUAUCUGAGAGUAAUGUUGUGUUCAGUCUCUGAGUUGAUUUUGUAAGGUAGUUAAGUGUAACGUUAACAUCAAGGAUGAUGGGUGCUUGAUCAGAUUCUACGAUCGCAGAGUAUUCUACAGAUUUAAAGCGAGUGCUUAUCUAUGAAGAAGAAGUCUAUUCUGGAAUAGGACUGAUGCACAUGUGAAAAACAAGAAAACUCUUUUUUAGAAGGGUGUAAAAAUCUCCAACCUGUAUGAUUCAUGACACUGGACAAAGCCCUGGACAUGUCUGAUGCAGCCUUGAGAGUGACAUCAUCAGAGGAGGAGUCAGAGAAGAUGGCGUCUUGGCUGAGCUCCUGCUGCAUUUACCUGUGGAUCAUCACCCUGCUCAGAGGCGUCUCUGCUGAGCCGGCCUCGACGCCAAAAUACAUCCUCAACCGCAAUGAGGUCAGCUUCGAUCAGGCCAAAAUUAAGUGUUCCCCUGGUGUCCUCACCACGCUCGCAACCAAGCAGGAGGUCGCCGACGUCCUCCAGCUGGUCUCCUCAGGGUCACCUCUGGAGAAGACAAGAUUCACCUACUGGGUUGGACUGCAGAAGCCCAAGAACGAGUGCAUCGUGUCCGAGCUGCCACUGAAAGGGUUCAAGUGGAUGGCGGACGGUGGCGAGGAGAUGGAGAUGAGCCGCUGGAAGGAGGAGCCAAAGGGAACCUGCACCACGGUUCGAUGCGCGGUACUGACAGGGGAGUUAAACAGGUCGACUGUCAGCAGCUGGGGUCUGCUCUCCGUCAGCUGUAAGACCGAGAGCCAGUUCAUCUGCAAGCUGGCAGACGGACAGACAGUACGGAGACCUGAGGACCUAACACCAGAACCAGCUACACCUGAAUCUAAACCACCUACACCUGAAUCUAAACCAGCUACACCUGAAUCUAAACCACCUACACCUGAAUCUAAACCACCUACACCUGAAUCUAAACCACCUACACCUGAAUCUAAACCACCUACACCUGAAUCUAAACCAGCUACACCUGAACCAGAACCUGAGCCUGACGCUGGACCAGAGUCGGACUCGUGCAUCCACCCAGUCGCCUCCAUUCGCUCCCUCAGUCUGCACCCGAACGACAGCAGCAGGAUCCUGGUGGAGUGCUGGUCGUCGGUCAAGCUGGAGCUGCACUGCUCGGGCCGUCCUGCCGUGUGGCGUCUGCAGGACGACUCUCCCGCCAACUUCACCGCCAUCUGUCUGCCGUGCAUCGACGGCUUUAAGAAAGACACUUCUGGAAACUGUGUGGACAUUGAUGAGUGCGGCGGCGGUGGCGGCCCCUGCAGACACACCUGCCUGAACACACAGGGCUCCUACAAGUGUGUCUGCUCUGACCAGGACGGGGAAUACCAUGACGAGGACUCGCAAGUGUGCACAGGCAACCUGAUCUGGGUGAUUGUUGCCGUGGCUGCGCUGAUCGUGCUGGUGGUGGUCAUCGCGGUGACGGUGAAGUGUUGCCUGAUGAGGCGGUCGAAGAAACGCGCCAUGAAGAAAGCGGAGAAGAUGGACAUGGACAGCAAGGACGGCAAGGAUUCCUUCGAAACAGCCAAUGAGAAGACGACAACAUGAGGGAGCUGAGCUGUGAUUGGUCGAGGGCGUAUCACCAUGGCUGUGCGACAGUGACAUCAUUAGUGACAACAUUUACAGCUCGCUGUCAGAUGAAAAUGUUUUUAUAAAGUUUGACUUGUUUAUGAGUUACAGGCUUCUGUCAGUAAUCCCUGAGCUCCGUCUGACAGGCAGCACUCUGAAAACACACAGUUUGAUUUUAAGUAUUAAAUUGGUUCAAACUUAGGGGUGUUUCUAUUAUUUUGUCCACUCACCUGAUGUUUUCAUUAAUUAAUUAUAACUGAGUACAAACAUUUAGAAAGCUGUCAAUAGAUUGAUUCAUUAAUUAACAACUGGUUUAUUUAAUUUAAAUUGUCCAAUUAGUGACCUGGAAAUAACACAAGACAAGGUUUUUUUAAAAACGUAAUCAAUUAAUCAAUUAAAAUUGAUCAAUUAAUUAAUACAUUUUGAGUGUGAAUUAUUUAAAGACAAAAGAGUGAAAUAGAUGUAUUGAUUGGCACAUAAAAGAAUAUUUUUUCAAAAUGCAACAUUUAAAUGUAAAUGUAAUGAAUAUAUUGUUGUUAUAACGAAGCUCUGAAGGUUUAUUCUUAUUUGUACUUAAAGUCUGAAGUAUAUAAAUUAGGUUUUUGAGUUUGUAUAUUAGUUUUUAUUUUUAAGACUGCAGUUUCAGCUGUUGAUUGAUAGGUAGAGCGAAGGGGGCGGAUUUCUUCAAACUGAAGAAAUUAAAACAUCUAAUGUCAGAAAAUUAAACUUUUUUAAUUUCUUGCUCAAUGAAGGUUUUUUUAGAAUAAAUAAAUAAAGUUUCACAGAUUUUAUCUUGUGUUGGUCUCUGAGCUCCUAUAUGGCCAAAAAUAUUUGGACGACCUCCGUAAUCAAUACUUUGAGUAGACGUCCACAUACCAGAUAUGA